UUGUGUCUCAUUUCUGUUUUACCACUGUGCCAAAGUUCACAUUCACAACCCGGGACAAUAGGAGAAAGAAGACACUGGACUGCGUGUUCUGUGGCAGCUUCGUCUUACAGAUGAAUCGAGUGUGACCCUGAGACAACUGAACCCACACGCCUGCUACUUUACAGACAGCACGACGGGAUUGCUUCCCUUGGCGAUGCGACAAUAAACCCUCAGGAGACACCAUCACUUUGAAUCAACCCAGAGCAACAUGAACCACAGGACAGCAGCGGUCCAGCGGAGGAUUGUGGACAAGGACGGCCACAAUAAUGUGCGGAUUGACAAUGUGGAGGGCAUGGUCAAGCUUUACCUGCACGACAUCUGGACCACUGUGGUGGACAUGAAGUGGCGCUACAAAAUCACUCUGUUUGCCUCCACCUUCGUCAUUACUUGGUUCAUCUUUGGGGUCAUCUUCUACUUCAUUGGAAUGGGCAACGGAGACCUGGAGGGGAAUUUACCAGACAACCACACGCACUGUGUGGAGAAGGUGCAGACGCUGACCGGAGCCUUCCUCUUCUCGCUGGAAUCACAGACCACCAUCGGCUAUGGAUAUCGUUACAUCAAUGAGGAAUGUCCCCUGGCCAUCUUCACUCUGGUGGCUCAGCUCGUCAUCACCGGCCUGGCUGAGAUCUUCGUCACAGGCGCCUUUCUGGCCAAACUGGCUCGGCCUAAGAAGCGAGCAGAGACCAUCAAGUUCAGCCAGUUGGCGGUGAUCUGCCAGCACCAAGGAAAGCUGUGUCUGAUGGUGAGAGUGGCCAACAUGAGGAAGAGCCUCCUGAUCCAGUGUCAGCUGACAGGAAAGCUCCUCCACUCAAAUGUGACAGAGGAAGGUGAGAAGACGCAGGUCUACCAGACCGCUGUUGAGUUCAACAUGGACUCCAGUGGAGAGUGCCCUUUCCUCAUCCUCCCACUGACUUUCUACCACAUUCUGGACGAGCGCAGUCCGUUGGCAGGCCUGAACGCAGAAAACCUCCAGACGCGAGUGUUUGAGCUGCUGGUCACCCUCAAUGCCACGAUGGAGUCGACGGCAGCCACGUGUCAGAGCCGCACCUCCUACGUUCCCCAGGAGAUCCUCUGGGGCUACGAGUUCAAGCCAGUGCUGUUCGGCACCACAGGCGGGCGCUACGUGGCAGAUUUCAACUUUUUUGACAAGGUACAAGCGAGCAACGACCCAGCCUUCCUCAAAAACAACUCAGAGAAGCUGAAGCUCGAGGAGGACUAUAAGAAAGAAUAGAGGAUGGAUGGAGGAUGAAGAGGAAAAAUGUGUUACAUCGUAUAGAAACUGAUUAAACCUUUAACUUGUAACGAUACUAUAACUCUCUUGAAAUGAAAUAAUUCAGUUGUUUUGUAAAUAAAUGUUUCUUCAUUCAGUAAAAAGUGUCAUGUUCAUUUAAACAGAAUUAAAUGUUAUUUAGUGCAUGUUGGGAUACGCUCCAGUCAGAAAUCAUCCUGUGUAGAAACAAUGAAUGGAAGAAAGUAACUAAGUAUCUUUACUCAAAUUGAUUAAGUACAAUUUUCUGAUAUUCCACUUUCUCCUUGCACUUGCUAAUAUAGUUACAAGUACUACAGGAUUUUCUAUAUAAAAAAAUACAUGUUUUCUUACUCUAAAAUGUAAUUUGUUAUAGACUAAAGAGUCCAACAGCAUAGUGCUCAAAGUAAAUUCACCUGAAUGAUCACAACAGUAAAAUGGUUCUUUUACCUUAAUGCAACUGUAAUAAUGUUUGAGUUUUGUUAUAUAAUCUGCAAAAGAGUAAGUUUACUUUUCAUACUUUAUAUACAUUGAGUUGAUGUUUACUCAAUAAAAGUGUCCUGUGAUCCUGAUGCCAACACGAGUAACAGAUCCCUCACUGUAAAGGAGUAGACCCAUUUAAGGGACGCUUUCUUCCAGCUCUUGUUGUGACAACACGGCAGCUUGAGUUGACUGUUGGUGAUUGUAUAUGGACAAAACAACGGUCCGAGACAGAGCAGUGACAUGUUAAUCAACAGGUACUGUAGGUUAAUGUAUCUCUCAAAAUACAUUAGCCUGACAAGACAUCUCUUGAAGCUGCACUCCUGAUGAUUAGAUCAUCUUAUGUAAAUUAAUUGAAAUGAACACAUAUAUGAAUCGAAAGUUUGUAAAAUAUCAAGAAAGAAACGUUAUGAUAAUUAACACAACAACUUCUGUUUGUCCCGGGAGAGGGAUCCUCACAUGUGGCUCUCUCUGAGGAUUCUAUGUUUUUUCCCCUAUUGAUAGGUUUUACUUAUUGAGGGAACAGAGGAUGUCGCACCUUGUCAAGCCUGAUGAGACAAAUAGUGAUUUGUGAAUAUGGCAGAUACAAAUAAAGUGUAAUUGAUUGAUUGA